AUGAAUCUUAAUUUUAAAAAGAUAGCAAAUCUUCUUGGUUCGUCAUCCUCUUCCGAUGAUGAUGAAAGUAUGGAGAUCAUUAAUAGCAUCGGCGACGAAGAAGAAGCCAUAUAUCUUGCUAUAUCAAACAACAAUUCAGCCAUUCAUUUUCUUCUCAACCAACAAGACAAUUCGGUUACUCACGGUGGUUCAGUCCCGGGGCGUUCUUUCAUUUACCGUGAUCGAGAGAGCGCACACUUUCGACUAUUUAAUGAUUAUUUUUCGGAGACUCCAACCUACAACGAUGAUAUGUUUCGCAGGAGAUAUCGUAUGUCACGAUCUUUAUUCCUUCGUAUUGUUGAUGCUGUUGAAAGAUAUGACAACUACUUCAUACAAUGGAGAGAUACAAUGGGUAGAUUUGGAUUAUCUUCUCUUCAAAAAAUAACGGCGGUGUUCUGGAUGCUCGCUGGUCUUCCAGCAGAUGCCACAGACGAAUACGUCAAGAUAGGCGAAUCAACGGCUAUUGAAAGUAUGAAAAGAUUUUGUCGAGCCAUCGUCAAUAUAUUUUCAGAAAAAUACCUACGGUCACCAACGUCUAGUGAUAUUGCUAGACUUCUUUAUAUUGGUGAAAACCGAGGAUUUCCUGGAAUGCUUGGCAGUUUAGAUUGCAUGCACUGGAAGUGGAAGAAUUGUCCUACCGGUUGGGCGGGACAAUAUGCGGGUCGUAGUGGAUCACCAACUAUAAUUCUUGAAGCAGGUAAUACAUUGGAGAUGCUACAAGAUUACCUUUAA